CCCCGGCUCCCCACCCCACCCCCGCCCGCAGCCCCAGGCCCCCUGGCUAGUCCUGAUGUCCGAGGCGGCCGGGAAUCUCAAUAGCCUCCGCAUGGCGAACGUGGCCCUGCGAGAAGAAUUAAAUGCCCUUCGCGGGGAGAAUGCCAAUCUGGGCCUUCAGCUCGGCAGAGCCCUGGCCGAGGUCAAUUCCUUGCGGGGCAAUGUCUCGAGCUACAUGCGUUGGCCGGUGCCCGUGGUGCCCGUCCUUUCCGAGGAGAACUUUGAGUUCCCGCUCAGUGAGAUUGACGCCGUUCCUGAGGGAGAACUGCCCUUCCUGUGCUGGCCUCCCCCGCGCGCCGAGCCCGAGUACGCCCCAGACGAACUGUUGAUUAGCGUGAUCCAGGAUUGCGGCACCUCCGGCGGGCCCGCCGACCCACCCCCGCUGCCCAGCCCGCCCCCGCCGGCGCUGCCCCCACCCUCGGCCAAGGAGCUGCCCCCGCAGCCUCCUCUGCCGCCGCUGGAGCGGCCCGAGAUAGAACCCUUCUCGGGCGACCCAGUCUACCUGGCUGAAUUCCUGAUGCAGCUAGAGACUUUCAUAGCCGACCAUGAGGAUCAUUUCCCCGGGGGCGCUGAGCGGGUGUCCUUUCUGAUCUCCUUUUUCGCUGGUGAAGCCAAGGACUGGGCCGUCUCAGUCACCCAGGAAGGAAGCCCCCUGCAUGCCAACUUCCCGCGCUUCCUGGAUGAAAUUCGUAAGGAAUUCUGUGGCCCCAUCCCCCCAAGUGUGGCAAAAAAAGCCAUCCGCAAGCUCAAGCAGGGAGACUGUACCCUGGGCAGCUACGCAGAUGCUUUUCAGUUCCUGGCUCAAUUCUUGUCUUGGGAUGACUGCCGCCUUCAAAACCAAUUCCUCAAAGGCCUGUCAGAAUUCUUCCGCAAGGAGCUCUUAUGGUCAACUGAAAUGGCCGACCUGGACGAGCUGAUUCUCGAGUGCGUGGAGAUAGAAAGAAAAGUGCGUGUCCCCAAGCCAAUCCCACUCCCUGGGGUUCGCAAUAUUUUCUUCCCUUUUGCAGCAGACCGUAAUCUUGAAGGUGAAGAGGGAGAAGAGUGCCACAGUGGGGAUGAAGAUGAAGAGGCAUGCAGGCGCAAGCUCCAGGACAAGGACCAGGGGAGGCAUGUGAGAGCUAUUCAGCAAGAGACCAGGGGGGAGGAGAGGGGGAAGAGGGAGGAAGAGAUGAGGAAGAAGGAGCUGAAACAAAAAGGGGAGGAGGACAAGGAGGAGGAAGAAGAAGAGGAGGAGGAAGAAGAGGAGGAGGAAGCAGAGGAGGAAGAGGAGGAGGGGAUGAGGAAGAAGAGGAAGAAGGAGGAGGAAGAUCAGAAUAAGGAUGAGAAAGACGAUGAGCAUGAGGGUGGCCGCCAGGAACCGGAGCAGGAGCUCGAGCAGGAGCCAGAACAGGAGCAAGAGACAGAGGAUGAGACCCAAGAUGAUGACCUGGAUGAGCUGAUGGAGAUAGAGCCCACCUAUGCCAAUGCUUCAUCCCAGACUUCUGGCUACUAUCAUGAAAAUUUCCUAGAUGUGUCACCUCCCAUCAUACAGCCCAGCAGACGGAGGAACCAGAAUCGAGUCCCACUUCUGGAGGGCCUUCCAGGUACCAAUUCACCAUUCUACAGUUCGCCGCCACUGAUUCGCCGGGCAGGUCGCCUGGGGCAACGCCAAAUACGACGCCGUCCCCCGGUGCUAUUCCGCCUCACUCCGAGGCAGGGGGGCCACCGGGCUGCGCGGGGCCGCAUUCGCGUGUGAGAGCCGGGGCAAGCUGCCCCCACCCCGGAACACACCCUUCCACUGCGUCCCCUGCCCCUGCUUUCGCUGCCACACCUGCCCCAUUGACCGACCAGUACUUAAGGGAGUUCCAAACCUGCAGAACCCGAAGAAGACCUGGAGAACUCCAGACCUUCCUGCGACUGUGACCGGGGAGUGACACCAGGGAAAGGAGGGCUCAGCAGUAGCUGCCCUCUUGGUGUGCACUCUGCUCCGUCCUGCCGCGAGCUAGAGAGCAGGUGUCUGGGCCUGUUCCUGUAAAUGAACUGGUCACCCUCUUGUAUUUCCCCUCUAGUUGUUCCCAGCCCUCACCUCUCCUGCGUUUAUUCACGCUGUGUUCUAUGGUUUAAUCCUCUGACUAGCUAACCAGGACUUCACCCAGUGCCUCACUGCUCUGCCCCAGUGAGUGAAAGGACAGGCUCCACUGAACUCUUAAAGCCACUGAGGCCACUUACUAGGUAUAAUCAGUGGAGAGCAAAUGCUAUCAAGAAACGGUCCUGGAAGCCUACACUUGCUUCAGGUCACCCCUCCAGCAGGAGGGCCCUGAAGAACCCCCUCCCUCUAGCCCAGUGAGAGUAUGCAAAACCACGUGUCCAGUGGACCACCCAGCUGAGACCUGACCUUGACUGACUGAGCAAGCUGGUUCCACCUUCCCACAGACUACAGGCUCAGGGCCUCAGGGCUCUCCAGAUCUGGGACCCUCUCCUCUUACUACAUUACCCUCCAGUGGACAGAGCCCAAUGUUCCAUGCCCUACCCUUUUCCUUGAUGUUGCCUAGAGGGUAGGCAGUUGGGUGGGGGAGCCGGAGGAGGAGAAAGCAGCAGCAACAACUCAGUUUGACCUUGUAAGGAGUGACUCUUUCCUUAGGGACGGUGGUCUCCUCCCCCGGCCAGGCCUUGGACUGCAGUCUCCAGCCAAAGGUCUUGGCAGAAGAUUUGCCAUCCUUGGGGUUCCAGAGGUGGCCUAAUUGGCCUUCCCCUCCCAGACUGCCAGAGAGAGAGGCCCAAGGCCUGCUCUUCAACUCCAACUUAAAGGACUCCUUAUUUCUGAGAGUAGAGAGGAAGGUCCUCUCUACAGAGACUUCACCCACUGCAGCCUUGCAGUCGGGAUGACCUUGUGUCUCUCACAUUCGGGGCAAGCCAUGGCCUGGCGCUGGGCAUCGAGUAGGCGGUGAGGCCUAAGCGGUUGACUGCCUCCUAGUAACUCCUGGGGCUUCUGGGUCCUAACCUAGGGGCCCUCAUAGAGACCUGCUGCUUGCCUUGGGUCCAGAAAACACUGCUUCUGCAGUGAGAAAUACACAGUAUGUCACUCUGGCCACAGAAUGCCAGUCAGAUCCACUGCUGGCCUGAACUGCCCUCCACACUGGGCUUCCUGAACAGGGCCUGGCAGCUGGGCAAGUGCAGCCGAAGUGUCUGAGGCCAAAGGGAGGAAAACAUAGUAAAUUAAGCCUCUGUUCCUCACCGGAGUCUGAUAGGUAACCUCAGCCCAGCCUUAGGAUUUUGAGCCCAGAGGCAAGAGGAAGGAGCUGGAGGAAGAGGAGUCAUGGAGAAACCCAGUCCUCCGGCUGGUUUCUGGUGAGGUCUCUGUUCAUCAGUGGGAGCGGUACGCGGGCCUCUCACUGUUGUGGCCCCUCCCGCUGCGGAGCACAGGCUCCGGACGCGCAGGCUCAGCAGCCAUGGCUCACGGACCCAGCCGCUCCGCGGCACGUGGGAUCCUCGCGGACCGGGACACGAACCCACGUCCCCCGCAUCAGCAGGCGGACCCUCAACCACUGCGCCACCAGGGAAGCCCCCUCACUGCGUCUUUUCAAAGCCAAGACCAUCCUGCGAGCUCUCGAUCAGCAGGAUUUAAAAUGGCUGCCACCUAUGCAGUCACACAGACUGAAUCAUUUAUUUAAGCAUUCUCCUAAUGUGUUGGACAUGUCAAUUGCCUGGUUUCCCCCAUCCCCACCAGUGCAGGAGUAAAUAACCCUGUAAAGAAAAGUUUGUCUGUUUUUCAGCUAUUUCCUCAGGAGAGAGUUCCAGAAGGGGAACCGCUGUUCUUCAAAGCCGUGGACCCUGUUUGCUGAUGGUCGACACGCUGGCCCUGCUGCCCACGUGCCUGCCAGAGAAGUGCAAAGGACAGGUGCCUUGCACACCCAUCUCCAGGGACCCCUCAGCACAGGCCCUGCCUGUUCCCAUGGUGCUUCUCAUCCUGAGCCCGUGUAGCUUCAGCCGGGGAAAGGGCAGAUGAGCAGUGAACUGGUUUCUGGCCCUCUGGUGGCAAGGGGGCUUGGGCUCCCUUUGACCCUCUUCCCCCCUUUUCCCAGGUCUUCAAUAUUGUGAUGUAACAGCCACAAGGGCUGUAAGAGGAACUAUGGGCUUUGGGUGCUUUCUUGGGUUGAAAGAG